AUGCUGGAUGACCAGUACUGCCAUGUGGAGGAGAACCUGCGCAACCAGUUCCUCAAGUUCAUAGAGAUGGUGCUGGUGCGGCCCGAGCACUGCGAGCGCAAGAAGGACGACUUCGAGGAGAGCUACUCCAAUGACCUGGGCGACCAGAACCUGCACACGCUCUACGAGGUCGUGGCGGGCAUGCCCAAGCUGUUCAGCCGGCCCAUCCUGGAGGGUUGA